CUCUCGCUCUCUCUUCCCACCUCCCCACGAGCCAGGCUUGGGAGCUCUUAGGGCAUCGAGAUCUCGACGGAAUUCUCCCCUCGUGCGACCCGAACCUGGACGGAACCCGACGCCGACCUCGCCGGAACCAUGUCUUCCGGCAGAUACAUGGCGUACUCCCCUUCUCCUUCGACCGCCCCCCACUCCCCUCACAUCACCGGCAUACGUUCCGCCACCAACGCCAUCGCCGAGAAGGAGAAGUAUCUGUCGGAGUUGCUGGCAGAGCGUCACAAGCUGAGCCCUUUUACGCCUGUGCUUCCACACAGUUAUCGGCUGCUGAACCAGGCAGAAAUUUUGCGUAUUACCAUACUGUUGGGGAAUGCAUCUCUUUUAGAUCAAAGUGGGCUUGAACAUGGUAGCCCUCUGACCACUGGAGGAUUACUUUCAAAUGGAGGAGCAGCUGAUAUGAAUGGGUGGGCAUCAGCAUUUCAAUCAGAAAGUUUGGGAUUGUUGCAGCCUUCAUCAGCACAUGGUUGGCUUGGGUCUCAAUGUAGUUCGUCGAAUCUCAUUGUCAAGAAAACAAUCAGGGUCGAUAUACCUGUGGACAAAUACCCAACUUAUAACUUUGUUGGGCGUCUCCUUGGUCCUAGAGGGAACUCUCUUAAACGAGUGGAGGCAAGUACUGAAUGUCAUAUUCUGAUAAGAGGACGGGGUAGCAUCAAAGAUCCUACUCAGGAGGAGAUGAUGAGAGGAAAACCAGGGUAUGAACAUUUAAAUGAACCCCUUCACAUAUUGGUAGAGGCAGAGCUGCCAGUUGAAAUUGUUGAUGCUCGUCUUAUGCAAGCACGUGAGAUCCUUGAAGAUCUGCUCAAGCCUGUGGAUGAAUCCCAGGAUUUCUUCAAGAAGCAUCAGCUGCGAGAGCUUGCAUUGCUUAAUGGCACUCUCCGUGAGGAGGGGUCACACAUGUCUGGUUCAGGGUCCCCCUUCCGCAAUAGCCUUGGUAUGAAGAGAGCGAAGACAAGGGGGUAGACUGAGUUUGUUGUUUGGUUGGCUCUCCUUGUGGAGCCAUAUUCUGUCUGCCUGGGUGGCAAGUUCUAUAUUGGGGGCUGCCAUGCCAUUAUAUGCCCUUACAUGCCAUCGUGGCAGAGGCACCAAGGCCAUUCCGACCUCAAUUUCUAUCAGAAGUGUGUUUGUUGACAUAAUGCUAUAAGCCAGCCAUUUCGCGUUGUGUGAAGUUUGUUUUACAUGUCUUAACAAGUCGGGGACAAAACAAUAUAUAUUCAUCAUGUUAUGGUAAUAUGCGUUUGUGCCUGCUUUGCAGUUUUGUAAUAGUAAUGGGGAUGUGCAUAGAAUAAUGUCAGUUUUUGUAAAAAUAGGGAGACAAUAGUCCCCCAAACCAGGUGUUGAUGGUACUCCAUUUGUAUAAUUUUAUCCUCGGUAAAGGUUUUGGCAGUAAUAAAGUUUUGCUUGUGGUUAUUCUGAUUA